GCUGGUAACUCCGUGUCGACCGAGACUUUCCUGCCAAUCUGUCCAAUCAGAGUUUACUGACAGAGUGGAAGUUGUUCACUACGUCCUUCAUACAAAACUGUUUCAGUCAAAGUUGUGGCGUGGAGAUUCAGCGAAGAAACCGACAACUUUAGCUAAGUUUCUUUUUUUGUGGAGAAGACGUGUUUGUGAUACAAACAAACAUAACGUGCUCCGGCGGUUACGGUAUGGGAAAUUAACAUUAACUACGUUGUAUCCUUGUGCUGGGCUAUGGGUGUCACACUGCUGUAUUCCUGACGGACAACACCGACUACCGCGGCUGCUCAGUGUAAUAGUUCUAGCAUGCCACGCAGGCAGCUAACUUCUCCAAAGAAAAGGAAACUUCGCCCUCAACCCAGAAGUGAUCUAAACAGUAUGCUACUUUGACAUUUUCUACAUUUUGACGUGGAUUUUCCUUUUCUUUUCUUUUUAAACUCCAAAAAUGAUGAAGAUUAGGAGAUACCUAAGGGGGAGUGGGAGGGUACUCGCAUUUGUGUUCAUUGCCUCUAUUAUUUGGCUGCUGCUGGACAUGGUCGCACUUCGGUUAUCAAUGAACGAUGUGAACAGUCAGCUGCUGAAGGAGCGAGUUGUAAGAGAAAGGGAGGUUUUCAAACAGUCCAGGGUGACAGAGGUGGUGAAAAGGAGGUUUAAACACCCAAUUCAGAGAGUGGACUUUGCUGUUACACAUGCUGGGAAAGGACCACUCAGUUCAAGCAAACUAUCCCAAGUGUACAGACAGGGAGACAAGCAACACGAUCAAAUGUUGGGGGAUAAAAAGAUGAACCCUUCUAAUCACCAAGUAGAUAAUCUGUCCAAGAAUGCCCAGCCCAAAUAUGUUGCUUCUGAACAUAAAGAAGGACCCGCCAUACGAAAUGUCACUCCAAAGCAGGGUGUUCCUGCAAACAAGAAAGCAGUAGACUUGGAUCAGAAUGGGUCGAAAGUAGAGAAAAGUAGUAAAAUGGAUGGCUCUAUUAAAGUGACAUUACCUGUAGUAGUGCCUAAUAUAACCCAAGUUCCACCUGGUGUUCAGGACAACAAACACGUUCCUCUACCACGUUCAAAGACGGGAGAUAUUGUACAAAACGCUCCGGACAAAAUAGAUUCAAAGACGAACGAAAAAGUCAAGGAUGAAUCUGAGACCAAGAGUGGAACAAAGGUGAGUCAGAAACAGGUUAGGACGAUCGCCAAGAGUGACCCUAAGGCAGCGAAACCUACAAUCAAGCUCCAAGCAGGAGAGGACUCCAAGGAUAACUCCACUGCUGUUAAAAAACCAGGUGUCCACAAAGUGCUUUCUCUGGAUGUGACUAACGCUCCCCGAGAUGCCAACGCGAUGGGCCAGUUUGGUCAGGCAGCCCUUGUCGGCAGUAACGAAGAUGGAGAGGUGAAGAAGAGAUGGAACGAAGGGCAUUUUAAUGUCUUCCUGAGCGACAAGAUCCCAGUGGACCGGGCCGUCCCGGACACCAGGCCUGAGAUGUGUCCCCAGCAUCUGGUCCAUGAUAACUUGCCGUCCACCAGUGUGAUUUUCUGUUUCGUGGAUGAAGUGUGGUCCACGCUCCUGCGCUCUGUGCACAGUGUGUUAAACAGAUCUCCACCACACCUCCUCGAAGAGAUCAUUCUGGUGGAUGAUUUCAGCACCAGAGACAACCUGAAGGAGCAGCUCGAUGUGUACAUGUCCCAGUUUCCCAAAGUGCGAAUCGUUCGUCUGAAGGAGCGGCAGGGCCUGAUCAGGGCCAGGCUCGCUGGAGCUGCUGUAGCCAAAGGUGAGGUCCUUACCUUCCUCGACUCCCACAUUGAGUGUAACGUGGGCUGGCUGGAGCCGCUGCUGGAGAGAGUCUAUCUGGAUCGUAAGAAGGUGCCCUGUCCGGUUAUUGAAGUUGUCAGUGAUAAGGACAUGAGCUAUAUGCUGGUUGACAACUUCCAAAGAGGUAUUUUCAAAUGGCCGCUGGUGUUUGGCUGGAGCGCAUUACCAGCAGAGUACAUUAAGAAGCACAACAUGACUAUCUCAGACCCCAUCAGAUGUCCAGUUAUGGCUGGAGGCCUUUUCUCUAUAGACAAGAAAUACUUCUAUGAGCUUGGUGCCUAUGACCCUGGCCUGGAUGUGUGGGGGGGGGAGAACAUGGAGAUUUCAUUUAAGAUCUGGAUGUGUGGAGGGGAAAUCGAGAUUAUCCCCUGCUCUCGAGUAGGACACAUCUUCCGAGGACAGAAUCCUUACAAGUUCCCCAAAGACAGGCAGAAGACAGUGGAGCGUAACCUGGCGAGGGUGGCAGAGGUCUGGCUGGACGAGUACAAGGACCUUUUCUACGGCCACGGCUACCACCACCUGCUGGAUAAAAAGAGCAUCGACAUCGGCGACCUCACCGAGCAGAUUGCGCUGAGGAAGAAGCUCCAAUGCAAGAGCUUCAAGUGGUACCUGGAUAAUGUGUAUCCAGAUAUGAACCCUCCUUUAGUCAAAGCUGAAGGCCUGGUCUUUAAUCGUGGCUUAAGAAAAUGCCUCACUAUGCAGAAAGGCUCUCUGUUGUUUGAGAAAUGUGAUCUCAGCAAGCAAAGUCAGCACUUUAAUUACACCUGGAUGAAUCACGUUCACCAGCAAGAUCUAUGCAUCGCAUCGCAAGGCAAGGGCAGCGGCUUCGCUUUACAAUUAUGUGACAAAGCCAAGCCUGAACAUCGCUGGUUCCACAAAUCACCCAACUCCGCUCUGGCGGAGCACCUCAUAGCAGACUUUGUUUCCCAGCACAUGUGCCUGGAGGCGGGGCCUCAGGGUGACACUCUUCGCCUCAAUCCAUGCGAAAGCGGAAACUCCUUCCAAAAGUGGCAGUUCACACACUACCACGCUCAGUGACGAGACUGAAAUGUGUCAAACAUGCGUUAAGAGACCUUCAGUGGCCUCACACUACAGUACGGUCUGUGGUCCAGACUCAACACACGACUGUCGAGAGGAAGGACACGCUUUGGUGGCAGUAACGUGGUGUAAAGCAGAGGUGUGGGGAUGUGCAAUGUUUCUAAUUUCCUUUUUUAUUAUAUCAGCAUGGACUGACUUUGAGUUUUAAACACAUGUGCCACAAGAAAGAGAGCAUCCUCUCUCUGUUCCAGAACGGUUUGGACCGGAGUUUGUUAAAGGGAUUCAGGUGAACGUCUAUGGAAGAACACUCUAUAUUGAGCACAACAUAAUUCACUGCCAAACAUAAACAGUGCCUCUUAAAAUUAACAGAUGUAAAAAAUUUAAAAAAGAUUUUCAUCUUGUGUUUGUUCUGCUGGGACUGGGAUUGCAUGUAAUAUAGAAUGUAUACAUUUGUAUUAAACGUAUCGCAUAUUUUCAGCGAGACAUCUUCUUUUUCAGAUGUUGCAUACUUUUAUGUUUGAUGAGGCACAUGGCUAAAACAGAUGCUUCUAUGGUUUUAAAGGUUCAAUGUGUAAGACAUGCCAGAAUUUAAACUUAAAACAAUUAACGUUAACAACAGAAUGUGAAGAGAUUACAGUGUUGGCGUUAGGUCAAAGACCUCAAUGUGAUGUGUUGCAGAGAUAUCUGGUGAAAGGUUCUGACCUCAGCCACAGCAAAUGCGAUACACAACAUCAAGAACAAAUCAGAAUACAAUACAUAUACCAAACUACUACAACAUUGAACCUUUAAAAGCCGCAUUAUUUCGGUGCAGGUUUUGUUGUGAAAACUGUCCAUUUGUAUGAAUUUCUUCUUGUCACUAGAGGGAAGUGUUGGUUCAAAACACGCAAUAAACCUGUGAUAUCAUGAUUGUGUGGCCUGUUAUCAAACCCUUUAACCACAUACUGAUGGAAAUGCAUUUUCUUAAGAAAGUACAAAUAAAAAGAUUUUGUUAAAGAUA